GUGGGAGGGGGAUGUAUCUGUCAUGCUGUGGUGGUCGGUGGCUCGAAGCGUAACGAGCUUUGCGUUUCUGAUGAGGGAAGUGUAGCGGAGGAGCAGGAGCCGGUGCGCCAGAGAGAAACGGGAUGUGCCAAGCGCAAAGGCGCACUCCAACAAACAUGGCUCUCCCUCUCCAGCGGGUACCACAUGUUGUCUCCUUACUGCUGUCUCUGCUGCGUUUCUGGAUGUUGGUGUCGGCGGGCGAGCUGGAGAUGGUCGACCGAGACGCACCUGAGCUCACCUGCAGCGAGGGUUUGACCGACUGCCAUGUGAGCUCAGGCUCUCAGUUCUCUGCUCUUCUGCCUGAUCCGUUUGGCUCAGUGGACGUCACUGAGGUGCAGCUAAAAGUCAUUCUGUGCUGUUCGGCCAGACGAGACUGUGAAAUAUGCCUGCAAAUCGUCAUCACUGUCCAAGAAGUGGACAGAGCAGUGGAUGUUUCCGGGGAGUCAGGUGACGACGGCGAUGAGGAGGCUUUGGUGAAAGUACAUCUCAGCUCCCCAGUUACCAAAGAAGUUUGGAAGAAACUUCAGUUUAAACUAGUCUACUCCAAUUUAGGCCAUCCCUCUGAACAGGCCAGACAUGAGCUGCAGCUGACAGAGAAAGUGGAGUUAGGCAGUCCUGUUGAGGUCCACGCAUAUUCAAAGGGAACACACGGCAAGAAGAACAUCACCAUUCCAUCCUUAGAAGAAGUUUGCUCCGUUAAGCUUGAGGGGAAUAUAAAGGAAUGUGAUGUUCCCAAACUUCAAGCAGUGACUGAUCAUAAGGAGAAUGUGGUUCUACAACUGCAGAACAAUGACACCAGACAAGAAGAAGUCAUGUUUCAGAUGGAUUGGAAUGGACGCUCUGGCGAAGCUCUUGCAUGGCCCAAAGGCAACACAGAGAGGGCAAUCCCAUCACACGACAUUGCCCCAUGCCUGUGCUUCAAGGUGUGGUGGAAGGGAAAGGACCUGCGGAGAGAAUACUGCCCUUUCAAAAAUCAACAAGAUGCACUUGAAAGAAUGCAGCACAAUGUGUCUCUGUCAGUGGCGGAGGCUCGGAUGAGGAAUGGUGGAGCAGGGCUGAGCUGGAAUGUAACCGCCCCCUGCAGACUGGAGGCAGAAGUAUGGCUGUGCAAGAAAGACCCAGCCAGAGGCCAGUGUGACGAGGUGGCAGGGUCCAGACAGAGACUACAGGCUGGCUGGACCGCAACACGCAGUGGACACUGGCAAACAGGAGAGUUCAACAUGUCAUCUCAUCCUCUGCUUUGUGUUCAGUUAAAGAUUAAAGGAAUGAGGUCAUACUUGGAGCCCCAGUGUCCAUUUAUAACAUCUCGAUCGAGAUGGGCAGUGCCUCUUCUCACUGGAUUAUUCUUGAUGUGCUUGAUCAUACUAGGAGCUUAUAUUACACAAGGGAUCCUAAAAGGCUAUGUUUGGAAAUGGUUAAAAGAGGAUGAUGUUAAAGGGGCUGUGGGUGGCGGUCAUGUGGUGCUGCUGUACUCGCCCGAUGAUGACCAGGGCCUGCCAGGGUUGCUGUGCCAUUUGGGUUCAUCCCUGCAGGCUCUUGGCUUCAGUGUGUCUUUGGACCUGUGGAGCCAGGCUGAGCUCAGCAUGCUGGGCCCAGUGCCAUGGCUCCACUCGCGAUUGGACAGACUACAAAGGCAGGGAGGCAAAGUGGUGCUAGUCCUAACCCGGGCCACCUGGACGAAGGCAGAAGAGUGGGGAGCUAGGAGCUGGGAGAGAAACACUUCCAGGGAGAGGAGCAGAGACCAGGAGGAAGAGGAUACAGGAAGAAGCCAUCCUGCAUCUUCUCCGCAUGCAGAUGUCUUUAGCGCUUCACUGAGCUGUAUUCUCGCCGACUAUUUACAAGGACGUGCAGGUGAGCGCUUUAUGCUGGUGCAGUUUGAGUCUCUGCCACCUGAACUUCCGGGUAGUUUAAGGCCACUGCCACAACUGUUCCGCGGCCUUCAUGUCUACAGCCUUCCCUCCCAGAGUCUGGGUUUUCUGACUGAACUGGCUGGAGCUCAGCAAAUGGCUAGUGCAUCAGCAAGACGGAAAAGGGCAGGCGGGCUCAGGAUGGCGUCCCGAGCUCUGGCCCAAAGGCUGUCAGGGUUUACAGCAGGGACUAAUGUGUUACGGCUUGCGGGGAUGUCCCAGAGCUGUGUUGGUGUAGGGGUGGAGGACUCUGGGGAAACUGUGCCCUUACAGCCAUGUCUUAUUACGCCCCCAUCCAGCCCUGACACAAACCCCAAGGUCAAUGAAAUGGACUGGGUCUGACACCAAGAGAAGGACGCCCAUGCUUCAGUGUUAGGAGGAGCAGCCAGUACUAACUUAUAAGUACCUGAAGUGAUGCACUGGAAGAUACUCAGGAAACUAUCAGUAUUAAUUUGCAGCUUUUGUAUUUGUUGAUCUAAACAUCUGGCAUCAAGGGUCUGUUGAAAACGAGGAGUUUUAUGUAUGUAGCAGCAGAAAGAAUAGCUUGGUUUUUUUUUGUUUUUGUUUUGUUUGUUUGUUUUUUAUAUAUAUAAAAGCUGGAUUGUUGGAGCUUGAGCUGUUGAGGGGAUUUUUUAAAAUUAAACUUUCAACAUUAAAUCACCAGAAAAUACAAGAAAAAAGAUGACAGCAGUUGUACACAGCUUGAAUGUACAAAAGUGCUCCAUGAUGAAGAUAUUUCUAAGGCAAUGUGGUUCAAUACGGCAUUAAAAUUACACAAAAAUGCAACAAAAUGUCCCAUUGAAGUUCAUGGCUCUAUUAUUUUGCAAACCCUUUCGCAAUUUUUCAAGCUUAAACCAAACCACUGUGUGAGUUUACACCUUUCCAAGUACAUAACGUUUUGCCUGCACAUGUAUUGCAUACUAAAAGUCCUGGAAGGCAUGAAGAAAACAAUAAAUAAAUGCACUGUCUCAGACUAUAUUCUGACUGUAAGAAUAUAUUCAACCAAGCAUGUUGAGUUGGUUUUAUACUGUGUCUUGUCUAAGUGUUAAAAAUGGCAUUAAAUAAAGAUUUCAUCGUAGUA